UCCACAACCUUGGUGUUACAUACUCUUAUACUAUUUGCGUAGGGAUGUAAUUGCACGAAAUUCAACCGGAACUGUUAUAUAUUUGAACCGUUUUUAAAAUCGCAUAAAAAAUUGUGACCACAAGUUGUUGGCAUAUAUAAAGUUAUUGCCAUGCAUAAUACGCUUACAUUUUGCAAUAGAUAGAGCUCAUCCUCUUAUUGUCACUAUGUGUAACAUCGAAUUAGAAACAAAUCUUUUAAAAAGUGUAGCCUUGGAAAAGGCGGUAACUCCGGAAUGUCAGUCACGGAAUGCUCAAUAUCGGUAUUGUUUGUCCUCUCAUGACCCCCAGUGCUACACGCACGGUUUUCGGAAAAUCGGGCAUAACUCCUGAAUGGAAGGUCCGAUGCACACCAAAAUCAGAAUAUAUUAAGUAUCUGAAUCUGACAAAAAUUGUGGCCGCUAUAGGGUCCACAACAUUGGUAUUUAUUACAUGCUUAAUUGUCACUGUUUGCGCCAGGGGCUAUUUUGAAAAUAAGUUUAGGUCCGAUACGUGCCAAAAUCGAACUCACCCAAGAUCUUUGGGACAUAAACAUACAUUUUAAGUUUCACCAAAAUCGGAUACAAAUUAUGACCUCUAGAGGACCUUACAAGCUAAAGACGCGAUUUUUUAUGCCAAAAUUGAACUAGAUCUUUGGGAUAUAAACAUUUAAGUUUCAUCAGAGGUUCUCUCAAAAAAAAAAAAAAAAAAAAAAAAAUGUGAUCGGACAUCUGGACGGACAGGUGAGACGAAAUAAUGAAUAUGUGAGCAGUAUGAAUAAUAAGUGCAUUAGAAAUGGUUUUGGAAAAGGGAACAUAACUCCGAAAAGCUGAAAAUCGAGUGUUCAUGUAGUCCCGUGACGAAAUUUGCACAAAAAAAUCCAUGUAAAACUGUAGACCCUAUCGGGUUCACAAGUUUUUCAGAAAAUAGAUUGUUCCACGCCAAACAGAUCCGUUAAAAAUUGUAGACUCUGUCCUCUAUCGCGUUCACAGGCCAAUUAUUUGCAGUCGGACCGAUAGACCGACGAACAGGGGCGCGUCGAAUUACCUAAUAACUACCCAAUAAGACUUUGGAACCAUAAAGUAACAAUCUAGUUUUGGGUUUUUUUUAAAAAAAAAAAAAAAAAAGCGUUUGUUUUGUGCGAAAAUCGGAGUUUCUUGCUCACUCGCGAAAAGGGACAAAACUUGUAGUAUACGAUUUGUGUUGAUAAGAACAUGUAUGCUUUCAUUCUAUUUUGGAGCAGAUUAUCGACCGACAAUCGUAUCAAAGCAGCUCCUAGAAAUUAUAAUCUCACCCUGGGUGUUAUUGGGUAAUUCGACGUUACGGACGGACAUGGUGACAUGAAAUAAGAUGACGUUUGGGUAUUGUGACGCGAACUUAUUGUUGGUAAAGGACCCGUCGGCUCACGUCUUUGAAGGCAGUCCAGAUAAUUUGUUCCCGAAAAUGGCCAAUGUCUUUACCAGGAGGAAUAAAUGUCCAAAAUCUGUAUAUUUAACCGAUUUUAGUGGCUAUGAAACUAAAAAACGAGGUAAUUUACCACGUAUACAAUCAGCUACACGUGUGGGUAAUCCUCAUCCAGAGGGAUUAAGAUAUCAGGCUUUGAACAGUGACGAGGUAAGAUCUGUAGUUAUAAUAUACUUUUCAUGUCUCCAGAAAGUUAGCAUAUGGAAUCCGAACUUCUACAAAUAUGCACAGAGAUUAACCGCCAUGCUGGAACAUACAGGAAAGGUGAAUUUUACUUGUGGAAAAUUUAAACUAGCGCCAAAAAUAUUAGGGAAGCCGCCAGACAUUCAAUAUACAGAAAAUACAAUAUCUAGAGUUAGUUUUCGUGAUCCAGCAAGAUUCAAGGGGUUAAACUUUAAACUGAAUACUACAAGAUAUGGUUAUACACCUACACAAGUCAUUGCUAAAGGAAUAGUGCCUGAUUUAACGCCACCGGCAUAUAGAAUACCUUAAUGAACAUAACAUACCAACUGAUACCGUAUUGCAGGUCAAUGAUGACAAUAAAUUUGAAAUUUCCUUGGUAGUUGAAC